CCGUGCAGCGCAUAAAUAAAUAAAGUCGACUUGCCUCUGCUCGCUUUUUGGGUGAUUUUUUUUUUGUGCUGCGGCUGCGCUUUUCGAAAUUCGAAUCUCCGUACUCGCUGUGCGAUAUGAUGUGAUGUUAACUAUGAAAUGAUCAACUAAAUGCGAACGCGAAGCUAUCGUAAAGCCCAAUAAAUCGGAUGAAUUGAAGGAAAACUCCAGAAAUCGCAUAGCCCAACUCCAGCAACAACAACUUCAACAACAGCAACAAGAACAACAACAAUUCGGAAUCAGAGGCGCAUUGUGUGAGCUAGAUCGACGAAGGAGAGGAGAGGGAAAGAGAGCAGGAGACGAAGGAGAGUGGGAAGAAGGAGAGGAGAGGCGGAGGAGUGGUGCACAGAAUGGAUGUUGAAAUACCUGUUUUGGCUGGAUAUCUUAAUGUGCCGACCCAAACUGGAUUUUCGCUAAAUCGCAUCUCGAAAAAGAAAGCAUGCAGCCGCUACUGUUUGCUCUUCAAGGCCAGUCGCCAUGGGAUCGCCCGCCUGGAGAUGUGCGAGAGCAAGGAGGACCGCAACCCCAAGAUCUUCACCCUCGAGAACUGCGUGAAGAUCACCCAGGAGCCGCCGCCCGAACGCCUCAUCCACAUCGUCAAGCGGCAGGCGACCCUCACACUGAGCACGAGUAGCGAGGAGGAGCUCAAGGACUGGAUCACCGCCCUGCAAACGGUGGCCUUCUGCGACACCUCACCAUCGGGCGGAAUCGGUGCCAUCGAGGAGGACAACGACCUCUACUGCAGCUCCUUUGAUGGCCUGUUCAUCAUCACGUUGAUUCCAUCGGAGGCCUCCAUUCGCUGCUGCAUUGAACCCAAGACGUAUAUGCUCCAGAUGACGCCCACCGAGCUGCAGCUGAAAUCGGAGGAUUUGGGCGCCACAAUCGCCAUGUGGCCAUAUCGGUUCAUCAGGAAGUACGGCUAUCGCGAUGGCAAGUUCACCUUUGAGGCGGGCAGAAAGUGCACCACCGGCGAGGGCGUGUUCACCCUGGAUCACACCAAUCCGCAGGAGGUGUUCCGCUGCAUGUCCGCCAAGAUGAAGUCGAUGAAGAAACUGAUCAGCGGCGACAGUCUGAGCACCUUGGAGUGCGGCGAGAAUCAGUUUAGUGCGGCAGCUGGCAUGGAGCCCGGCUCGCGCAGCCCCCUGCCACCAUCGCCGUCGAGUAAUCCGCACGGCGGCGAGUUCGAGAUCAACUCGACGCAAAGCUGCAUAUCCCUGAGGGGCUUCAUUAGCUCCAACGAUUCGCUUAACAACUUCUCGGCGGGUGGAGGGGCAGCCAGUGGCGCCACAGCAACGGGUGUAGGAAGUACUGGUGGCAUCACGCUAUCCGUGCCCGCAAAUAGCUGUAGCAACAGCAACAGCAGCAACAACAACAACAACAGCAUCAGCAGCAGCAGUAAACACAUUCCCAACAAACCGCCACGCAAAAGCCCGACAACCCAUUGUGAUAAAUACAGGAACAUUGUUAAAUAUGAGCCUGUGGCCAUAACGACGAUAUCCUCGCCAUCCGCCACCUCCGACGUGAACAGUUCAGUGAUACUGAAACCGCACGAAGGUGAAUCGAUAUCCCUGCCGGAGACAUCGCCCGACCUACCGCCCGACUUGCCGCUGCGCAAUGAGAGCGCCUCGAAAGCACCGCCUCCGGAGCGCGACUACGAGUGCAUCGAGAACAUCACAGAGGCGUGGCGCACAAGGGGCGUGGGCGAUGUUAGGCACUGCGAACGCAUGCCCAUACUCUGCGAUACCUCAGAAUUUGUGCGCCAGCGAUCAGUAUCGAAAUCCACCUGUGGCGGCGGCCAGAAUACACCCAAGAUCAUAGACAUCGACAUCGGUGAGGGUUGCGCCAGCGCCACGGCCAUCAGUGAAUCCAAUUACGAUCGCCUGGACUUUCUAUCGCCGAACAACAAGACAUCCAGUGGCUACAAGACCAUUGUGAAUGUCACACCCGGCAAUCGCAUACGUUGCAGUCCACCGCCGCCCAAUGAAUACGAAUUGAUCGCUAGUCCCGAUACGGAGAGCUUCCGUAAGGCCGAUGAUAGCCAUCGCGGCUACGGUGUGCUGCGCAAGGCUAGCACCACUACGAACAACAAUAAUCUAGGAAUCUCCAAUAGCAAUAUCAGCAGCGUUGGCGGCGGCAGCAGCACCACCAUCACCACUGCCACGGCCAACAAGAGCAGCCUCGAGGCGGCAGCCAUCGAUCAUCGCAGCUACAAUGGCCUCAACUACACGAUGGUCAGCAAACCGAAGCGAGUGUAGACAGCUCUGAGCUCUGGCAAGGAGCCAGAGAUCCUGGAAUCGAACUGGGUGCAGUGGGGUUUGUGGUGUGGAUCGGGGGUAGAUAGUCCUAGUUUUUAUUUGUCCCACAACUGUUGCUGUUUUCAAUUCAAUUUAACAAUCAUGUUGCCUUGUCAAUUUGGACUUUCCCAGUAGUCGUCAGAUGCAUGACUAUUUUUGUUAUUUGACGCCAGAUGAAUAAGCAUGUGUGUGCUUUUCGAUUCGUUUUAAGGCUUGAAAUAGCAUGAAAUAGUAUGUUAAAAAGAAAAAUAAUCGAAAUAUUGAAAACAGUAACGUGCCAGUAACUUUCUACAUAUUUUCAUUAAUCGCAUUUUGAGUAUAAGUGAAAAAGAAGAGACUGCCGAGUGCCUUAAACAGUUCUACAAAAAGAAUGAAAAUGAAAAAAAAAAACUGAAACCGGCUGGAAAUCGAGGGAAGGAAGUGCGUCGAAUCUCCAAAUCAUAGAAUCUGUCCUUUCCUUCGCCAUGCCAAAAAAAAAAAAGAAAUACCAUUCGAAUCGUUCAAUUUUUUUUUUUUGUAAUUGUUUGUUUUUCGUUAAUUAUGUUAAAUUCGUAAUCUGUGAUUGUAUUGUUAAUUGUAAAGCUGUUACAUUGUUAGCAAGCACUGCCCGCCACUUGAUCGCACUCGAAAAAAUUUCACCCGGCUCUUACUUAAAAUGUAGAGUUUAAUUGAAACGAAAGAAGAACAAACAAAGAAAACUCAAUCGAAUCCUGGACGUAACGCAAAUUUACAAAAUGUGUAUGCGAUUUGUGCUAAAUAUAUGUGUUUUUUGUAUAUUUAAUGUAACUAGAUUUUAAAUACACACCGCAAUUGUACUUGUUUCUCCGCUGGUUUAUCCGUCCGUCUUCUCAAGGUUUUGCUGCCAUAUAACAUAGAUCGGUUGGUUAUUCGAAUUGUUAUUCCUAUACGUUCUUGUAUGUUAGAUCAUAUAGCUGCCAUAGGAACAAACGGUGUGAUGCCAUUAUCUCAAUCCCACAAAUCUCCCAAAACAGUUGACUCCAUUCGCUUGUUCAAUCUUAGACUGUACAUAUAGGUUUCCUAAGUGUUUGUUUUCCAAAUUGCACCUCCUCUCUUAGCCCCCCAUCUGUAACCCAUGCACGUUCGAGUUCUCAAGCCAGGAUUGUUGUAAACGACAGUUUUGAGUAUUAUGCAAAGGUCACAACAAAAAAAAUACAUAAAUAAAUAAAAACCAAUUAAAUCGAACAAACGAAGGCGAACACAAACAAACAAACAAACAAUCGAAAAGAAAUACCAAAAGAAAACUUGUGACUUCCAUUUUACUUGAAAUACAUCAAUUUUUUUUUACUUACUUUACGUUUACGAUUAUGCCUAUUGUAAUUAUUAAUUUUUGUGUCUGCCAACUAUUAUUGUGUAAAUAAAGACCAACCAACAAUCAAACCAAUCGAAA